AUGCUAGAGGCACACCGCGGCGGCGCCGGCGACGUCAGCGGCGGCAGUGCCGCGGCGGGCGCGGCCCGCGGCGGCAGCGGCGGCCAGCAGCCCCAGGGGCCCAGAAGGCUCCUCAUCAUUGAUGGCUACAACUUCCUCAACGCCAGCGCCCGCUACUCAUCCGACGCCAAGGCCGGCCGCCUGGCAUCCGCGCGCGACCGCCUGCACUCAGACCUGGGGGCCCUCGUCGCUACCUCCGGCGGCGGCCGCGCCGCGCUCGUGGUGUACGACGCGAUGGGCUUCGCCGGCGCGGCCGGCGGCGCCGCCGGCCGCGUGCUGGAGCGCGCCGUGUCUGACGCCAUGGAGCGCGUCGCGUCGCGCUUCCCGCCGCACAGCGUGCCGAACGCGGAGCGGCUGCGGUCGAUGGCGGUGCAGGAGCUCGGGGGGCCCGACGGGUUUGAUGAUUUUGAGGGCGGCGAGGAGGUCCGGGUCGCGCCGGGCGUGAGCGCCGUCUUCAGCCGCGGCUGCGAGGCGGACACCUGGAUACUGGAGGAGCUCGCCGACGCGUCCGCGCCCGACGCGCGCGAGCGCGCGGCGUGGCGGCGGCGGCGCGGCGGCGCGGUGGAGGGCGUCGCUGUGGUGUCGGACGACAGGCGCGUGCAGGACGGGGUCCUGUUUGCGGCGAUGGAGGCGGCGGCGGCCGCGAGCGGCGGCGGCGGCGGCGAGGGCGGCGAGCUCGGCGGCGGCGGCGGCGGCGGCAUGUUCCACGGUCCGGGCGCGCCACCGUCGCUAAUGGCGUGGGGGUGCUCUGAGCUGGACGCGCAGCUGGACGGCGCGCAGGCGCGCGGGCGCGGCGGCGGCGCGUCGGCUGCCUGGGCGCAGCUCGCGCUCGGCGGUGGCGCCGCCUUCGCGGCCACGGGCCGCGCAGCUGGGGGCAGGGGCGGAUACGGCAGUGGCAGCGACAGCGACGGCGGCGGCUGGCCGGACGGUGACUAUGAUGAUGCGAAUGAUGCAGCCACAGAUCAUAGUGUUGAUGCCGCCCCACAAAUCGGGGUCCCGGCCGCAGCGGCGGACGUGUCUCACGCGGAGGCUCUGCUGACGCCCGACGGCGUGGCAGCCCUGUUAAUCGAGAGGGGCGACGAGCUGGCGGCGGCGGACGCUGACCUGGCGGCGCUGCUGGGGCUGGACUUGGGGGGAGACCUAAUUUGA